AUGAUUUUCACUAGGUUUGGAACUUCCAGAGCUAUCAUUAGCGAUGGUGGCAAUCACUUUUGCAACAGAUCUUUCGAGGCAUUGAUGAAGAAGUACAACAUCACACAUAAAGUGGCAACUCCAUAUCAUCCUCAAACCUCUGGACAAGUGGAAAUCAACAAUAGAGAAAUAAAGAACAUCUUGAUGAAAACUGUCAGCCCUACAAUGAAGGAUUGGUCACUAAGGUUGAAUGAUGCACUUUUGGUGUAUCGAACAAUGUACAAGACCCUAAUUGGAAUGAGCCCUUAUCGACUGCUGUUUGGAAAGGCGUGUCAUUUGCCAAUGGAGCUCGAGCACUGUGCAUAUUUUGCCAUAAAAAAGUUCAAUUUUGAUAUCAAAGAAGUUGGUACAGUGAGGAAGCUCCAACUUAAUGAGUUGGAAGAGCUCAUAAAUGAAUCAUAUGAGAAUGCUAGGAUCUAA